UCCAGGCGGGCGGCGAUGAUCCUAGAGGAGAGAUCAGAUGGCCCGGGCACCGAUGAGGACAGCAGCCGGUUGCAGGACGACAGCAGCAUCCUUAAGGACUGUGACUCCAUAUUGCAGAAGCAGCCCUGCCAGCUGCAGAACCAGCUGGCUGGGCUCCACCAGCAGAUCAGCAAGGAGCUGCGGAUUCGAACAGGUGCUGAAAACCUCUACAGAGCCACCAGCAACACCUGGGUCCGAAAGACCGUCGCCUUGGAGCUGAGCUAUGUUAACUCCAACCUGCAGCUAUUGAAGGAGGAGCUGGCUGAGCUGAGCAGGGGAAUGGAUGUGGACCAACCAGAGGGUGAAAGUGUUACUAUUCCCAUGAUCCCCCUGGGCCUGAAGGAAACCAAGGAGUUGGACUGGGCCACACCCCUGAAGGAACUGAUCUCUGAGCACUUUGAAGAAGACGGUACCUCCUAUGAGACAGAGAUCCAGGAACUAGAGGACCUACGGCAGGCCACGAGAAUACCCAGCAGGGACGAGGUAGGUCUGAAUCUGCUUGCAGCCUACUAUAGCCAGCUCUGUUUCCUGGAUGCACGUUUCUUCAGCCCGGCCAGGAGCCCAAGGCUGCUCUUCCACUGGUACGACUCGCUCACAGGGGUCCCAGCAGAGCAGCAGGCUCUGGCCUUCGAGAAGGGCAGUAUACUGUUUAACAUUGGGGCACUCCACACACAGAUCGGCGCACGGCAGGACUGCUCCUGCACCAAGGGCACCAGCCAUGCCACUGAGGCUUUCCAGAGGGCUGCUGGGGCCUUCAGACUCCUGAGGGAGAACUUCUCCCAUGCACCAAGCCCAGACAUGAGCACCGCAUCUCUUUCCAUGCUGGAGCAGCUCAUGGUUGCCCAGGCACAGGAGUGCAUCUUCAAGGGCCUUUUGCUGCCAGCCUCUGACAGACCUGACAGCUGUCCAGCUCAGCUGCAGUUGGCUCAGGAAGCUGCCCAGGUGGCAGCUGAGUAUGGGCUUGUGCACCGGGCCAUGGCCCAGCCACCUGUCCAAGACUACCUGCCUGCCUCCUGGACCAACCUGGCACAUGUCAAGUCUGAGCACUUCUGUGCCCUAGCCCACUACCACGCAGCCAUGGCCCUCUGCGAAGACUCCUCAGCAGAUGAAGGAGAACUCUCAAGGCACAUCUUCCAGCCCUCAACUACCUGUGAUCCCCAAGGUCCCACAGCAUCCAGCAUUCAAAAGAUGCCACAGCAUCUGGAAGAGCGCAGGAAGCUUGCCAAGGCUCACCUGAAGCGUGCCAUCCUGGGUCAGGAGGAGGCUCUGCGGCUUCACACUCUGUGCAGAGUCCUACGUGAGGUGGACCUGCUACAGGUUGUGGUGACUCAGGCACUGCGGUGCUCGAUGGCCAAGUACUCAGAGCUUGAACGUGAAGAUGACUUCUUCGAGGCUGUGGAGGCCCCUGAUAUCCAGCCCAAGACCCACCAAGCACCAGAGGUGAGAAUGCCCAGCCUGUCCCAGAUGAAGGUGACUGACAUCUUCCAUCGUCUGGGACCCCUGUCUGUAUUCUCAACCAAGAAUCGGUGGCGGUUGGUAGGGCCGGUACACAUGACUCGAGGAGAGGGCAACUUUGGCUUCACACUGAGGGGAGAUUCACCUGUCCUCAUCACUGCUGUUGUUCCUGGGGGUCAGGCUGAGUCUGCUGGCCUGAAGGAGGGGGACUACAUUGUGUCUGUGAAUGGGCAGCCUUGCAAGUGGUGGAAGCACAUGGAAGUGGUGGCACAGCUGAGGGGCAUGGGCGAGGAAGGCGUGAGCCUGCAGGUCGUGUCCAUGCUGCCCAGCCCUGAACCACCACAUAGCACGAGACCCCGACAACAAGCACUGCUGGUGAGCCAGAGAGACUGUGGUUUUGAGACACAGAUGCCUGCACGAGCCAGGCCCUGGCCGAUCCUUGGCUGGGGCCGCAAGACCAAACAAAGCAAGACUGAGAGCCACCCUGACUCCUGCACAAACAGGAAGUGUGUCACCUGUCCCUGAAUUGGACACCUGGUACCCCUGUGUGCCCAGGGUGACUGUGGAGGCCAUCUUCCUGUGUACAUCACCUUAUAACCAGCUCCAACUAGCCAGGUGUACCUAGUACAUUAUGUCCUCUAUUCUGGGGGACAUC